GCCAAACAACAGCUGAGUUAAGCAGACACGGCGGUGACAGGUUAGGUUGAGCGGAGGAGGCCUUCCUGAUCGUAGUUAAAGGAGCUGUAGGAGACAGGAUGAAUGUUGGUGUCGCUCACAGUGAGGUUAAUCCAAACACCCGGAUAAUGAACAGCCGGGGAAUCUGGCUGGCCUACCUCAUUUUAGUCGGAAUUCUCCACGUCGUCCUGCUGAGCAUUCCAUUCUUCAGCAUUCCUGUGGUGUGGACCCUCACUCAUGUCAUCCAUAACUCGGCAAUGUAUUGGUUUCUGCACACGGUUAAAGGAACACCAUUUGAAACUCCAGACCAGGGAAAGGCACGAUUACUUACACACUGGGAGCAAAUGGAUUAUGGGAUUCAGUUUACGUCUUCACGCAAGUUUCUCACCAUCACUCCAAUAAUUCUGUAUAUGCUAGCAAGUUUCUACACUAAAUAUAAUGUUGUUCAUUUCCUGGUGAACACCACAUCUUUGCUCACCGCACUCAUUCCCAAACUCCCACAGCUGCACGGUGUCCGAAUCUUUGGCAUCAACAAGUAUUGAGUGGGUGCAUGACCUCUGGGUGAAUGCUGAAAGGUGAUGCUGCCAGUAGCUCCAAACAACCUAAGAAAGGGAGCAGCAUGAGCAAUGGGCAUAAUGUACUGAGACAAUGACUGAUGAAGGAACUGCUGGCACUACCUCUUGAAACACCAACUGUUUUCUUACCUGCACAAGUGAAAGAUUUUGUAUGUGUGAGUUUACUCCUGUGUAUAAGCUGCUCAUGUAUAAUUUUGUACUUUUUUUCUCCUUCUUUGCAUUAUAUGUGUACAAUUAAAAGAGGUUUACGUCAAUAAGGGUGUGGAGGAGUGUUUGUGCAAUUAAGGUAAAAGAUUUAGAAAAGAUUCACAAAACGUCAACUCUGCUGCCACCUAUAGUGCCUUGCAAAUUCCAACCAACUGAUUUCUUCCUCACUCCCAUCGUGGCACAUACCUUACUAUCUGUAACUAUGGCAAAGCUGCUGUUUGAUCUUACUUGACCUCUCCUUGCAAUCUUCUCUGAAACUUUCACUGAAUUGGGAGUCCUAUUCUUUUAUCUUGCACUUUAGAAAGUCAUUCUGGCAUUGCAGUAGCAUAGCUUUGAGAUAGUGUAUAAAAGGGUUGCAUAUAGUGAUAUGACAGUGAGGGGUCCUUGAUCUUGGUAAUGCUUUAAAUCAUAGCCCUUGUCAUUGUGUUUGACUUUUAACAUUACUGUACGCACAAGUAGUAUUCAAAUUUCAACAUCUCAACUACCACCACCCAAUGUACAUAACUUGAUUAUUCACAUUCCAAAGGUGAAAAGGUCCAGUGCUAAGCCUAUUGUCCACCUAUGACUAUAUGGCACCUUAGAAACUAUUGAUCCAAGGAUUAAUCAAAUUCUUGUUGAGAGUUGUUUGAAAGGAGUUAAUGCUAAUACAAUCUUGACUGGAUUCUUAAUCUCUGAGUCCACAACAUCGGGUCUCAAGAAUGGAAAAGUUUCAGUACUUCCAAAAUGAAAUUGUUAGGUGCACUUUUUCCUUAAUACUGGAAUUGCAACCAGAAACUGAACUAAUGCUAGUCCCAGUGCAUUGACAAAUGUCUGGAAGCACAAAGCAAUGCAAAAGUGAACUGGAAUUGUUCAAUUACUCUGUCUUGAAGCACUGAACUACAGGUUUGUAACUUUUAUUACUUGUAAUCUUAUCUACUUAACAAAAGUGAACUGUUCAUUCAGUUUAACCAUUACCUGUAGUUAUCAGUUAACCAAGCUGUCAGCUGUGGUUUGGUGGAGAUCAUGCUUUUCUGGAAGUUAAAAAGGUCAAUCCUAUUCCAGAAACUAGAACACAAAUAUUUAGACUUACAUUCCAAUGCUCAAAGUUCCACACUUCUCCUGAUGUCAUCUUUCAGAUAAAAGAAUAAACCAAGUUCCAAUUUGACUGCCAAGGUGCAUGAAGAUCCCGCAGCACUACUUCAAUUAAAAAGAAACAAAGAAGUUCGAUCCCUGACUCUGGGCAACACUUAUCCCUUGGUCAGUAUCAGUAAAACUGAUUACAUUGCCAUUGUCACAUUGCUGUUGGAUCUAGCUGUGCAGUUACACUGACAAAUUUCAAAAGCACUUAAUUGGUUGUAAAGCACUUCAGGAUAUCGGAGGUCAUGAAGUUUGGUCUAUAAAUACACUUUUACGAAAUAAAGAGCUCAAAUUGGCCUUC